AUGCAAAAAAAUCUUGAGCAUAAUGAAUUGUAUAAAGAAAAAAAUAAAAAUUCAGAGAAUAUAUAUGAUAGUCCAUGGAGCUUUAAAAACUGGUAUCGGAAAAUCAAUUGGAUUAAUAGUAUUAUAGUUAUCGGGACACCAAUUUUAGGAAUUUAUGGCAUAUUUACAACCAAAUUAUCUUACAACACAUUUAUAUGGUCAGUUAUAUAUUAUUUUAUGACAGGAUUUGGGAUUACAGGAGGAUAUCACCGCCUAUGGUCUCAUAGAUCAUAUAGUGGGACAUUAAUUUUAAAAAUUAUUAUGGCAAUGCUUGGAGGAGGUGCAGUAGAAGGAUCUAUCCUUUGGUGGGCACGUAAUCACCGUGCACAUCAUCGGUAUACUGAUACCAAUAAAGAUCCUUAUUCAGUACAGAAAGGUCUUUUUUAUUCUCACUUUGGAUGGAUGCUUAUUAACCAAAAUCCUAAAAACAUUGGUUAUUCCGACAUUUCAGAUCUCAAAGCAGAUUCUGUAGUUAUGUGGCAGCAUAAGAAUUAUUUUAAAGUCGUUUUAAUAAUGGGAUUUUUGCUUCCAAUGUUUGUUGCAGGUCUUGGAUGGGGAGAUUGGCGUGGAGGUUUUUUCUUUUCAGGUAUUUGUCGUCUUGUUUUUGUUCAGCAUGCUACGUUUUGUGUAAAUUCAUUAGCUCAUUGGGUUGGGGACCAGCCCUUUGACGAUAAACAUUCACCUCGAAACCAUAUACUUACUGCUUUUGCUACACUUGGUGAGGGUUAUCAUAAUUUUCAUCAUGAAUUCCCUAUGGACUACAGGAAUGCUAUUUUUUGGUAUCAAUAUGACCCUACCAAAUGGCUAAUUAUUCUAUUUAAAAUCCUUGGAAUAGCACAUAAUUUAAAAACAUUCCCGUCAAAUGAAGUUCAAAAAGGUAUAUUACAGCAAAAACAAAAAAAAUUAGAUCGGUUAAAGGAAAAACUUGAUUGGGGCACUCCUCUUGAUCAACUUCCUGUCAUUGAAUUCGAAGAAUAUCAAGAACAAGCUAAAACACGUCCACUUAUAUUGAUUGCUGGUAUUGUUCAUGAUGUUGGCAAAUUUAUUGAUUCUCAUCCUGGCGGACGUGCACUAAUUAUGUCUGCUAUUGGAAAAGAUUCAACAACAGCUUUUAAUGGUGGUAUUUACGAUCAUAGUAAUGGCGCACAUAAUCUUUUGUCAACUAUGCGUGUAGCUAUUGUCCGUGGAGGAAUGGAAGUAGAAGUAUGGAAACAAAAUACUCUCCAUGAUUCUACCUUUUAUUCACUUCAAAAUCCAAAUCGUGUUUCUAUUCUUAAAGAUUGCGCACAUGUUACUCGGAUACCAAAUAAAAUAUCAGAUAUAAAACAACGUACAUCUUUAGUAGUUAUUUAG